UGUAUAUAAGACAUACAGGUUACCACAUGUAGUCAGAAAACAUUGUUCAGAGAACAAGUUGGGACUCACAACAAGGACCAAGGACUAGAAACAAGACGUUUGUACCUUCUAUCUACAAACUACCAAACAGCCAACUACAAACCUAUUCAUCCAGAUCUAACUACAAAGACAAUAUGGAAUUUGAGUCAAACUGCAGUCUAAUGAAGAACACCUCUGCCAGUGUAGCAUGGAGCUCCAAACUGCCUCAGGGUCUGGAUGUGGAGAUAUCCCAUCACCCCAUCACCCUGCGCUGUGUGGCCAACCUCAUCAUCGCCAUGGAGAGGCUAAAUGGUGGCAAGGGGUUUACCCUGGGAAGAGAUGAGAGCCUGUUAAAUUUCUUGCUGGAGAGCGCAGUGGAAGUGUUGGAGUUGGAGUCGGCGCGCACUGAAGCCAGCAGCAGAGCUGCAGGGUUCAGCAGUAAAGGAGAGUAUGAGUGUAGUGUCACUGACUCUGAGAAUAAGUGCUGGGUGCUCAACGAAGAGUCUAUGGAGCUGCAUGCUAUGAUGCUGCAGGGAGGCAGCAGCUACCAUAAAGUGCAUUUGAACCUGUCUACGUACAUCACGCCUGUCCCCAGUGAGACUAAAGCAAGACCUGUAGCCCUGGGCAUCAAGGGAUCCAACCUCUACCUAUCCUGCAUCACAUCAGAAGGCACGCCCACCCUGCACCUAGAGGAGGUGGCAGACAAGGAGCAGCUGAAGUCCAUCAACCAUGAGAGCGACAUGGUGCGCUUCCUCUUCUACAAACAGGACACCGGAGUUGACAUCAGUACCCUGGAGUCUGCCCAUUACAGGAACUGGUUCAUCAGCACGGCCAUACAGCAGGACAACACCAAGAUGGUGAACAUGUGCCAGAGGGCAACCCCCAACCGCUUCACCACAUUCACUGUCCAGCGCCACAACUAAGGUGGGUGCCGAAACGGACACCACAGAUCUCUCAUAGAGAUCCUAUAUAAUUCAAUGUUAUUUUUUAUUUUUGUUGAACCUUUAUUUAACUAGGCAAUAUAGAUUCUAUAUGUGAUUCUAUAGGACCUUUGUGGUCAGGGCUGGAUUGUCACUUUUAUUUGUAUGUUUGUAAGACACAAUAACUU